AUGUCAGAAUCAAACCACGCCAUCGUCUUUGGCGCUUCUGGCCUGCUCGGCUGGGCGACUGUCGAGCAGCUGCUCUGCAACUACCCCUCCGAGGGCUCCUUUGAGAAUGUCACGGCUGUGAUGAACCGACCGCUAUCAGAAUCCGACUCUUUCUGGCCACCUGUGUCACCCACUAGACCCAGAUUACAAAUUGCUUCUGGUGUCAAUCUUACUGGGACGCUGGAAGACCUGACUUCGCAGCUCAAGGGCAAAGUCGAUGGAAUCGAGGGCAUCACCCAUGUUUUCUAUUUCGUCUUCAAUCAGGGCGAUGGGGACGAUGUUGCCGAGUGCAAAACCAACUGUGGCAUGAUGCAGACGGUUGUUGAUGCAGUAACCACGUUGUCGACGAAAAUCAAAGCAUUCGUCUACUCUGGCGGGACCCGAGGCUAUGGGAUCUACACACCUGGCGGAACCUUCAAGCCCCCCUUGGAGGAAUCAAUGGCCGACAACCUCCCCCAAGACUACGCAAAGACCGUUGCCUACCCCUGGUGGCGUAAGAUCCUCGCAAAGGCAAGCGACGGCAAACCCUGGACCUGGUCAGAAGUAUGCCCAGACGCAGUAGUCGGAUUCUCCCCAAAUGGAUCUGGUUUCUCGUUAGCACUCCACUGGGCGCAGUACCUGUCCCUUUACGCCUGCAACCACGGUGUGAGCAAGAACUCCAGGUCCAAUGUUGAAGUUCCGUUCCCUGGAAACCAGGUGGGGUACACCAGCCUUUGCACUCCCGUCUCUUCUCGGACUCUCGGUCGCAUCGCCAUCCACGCCUCACUUCAUGGGGGCAAGUGCGGCGGAAAGGUCAUUAACAUGGCCGAUAGAGAGCAGCCUACCACGUUUAGUGACCUCUGGCCAUCGAUCGCUGAUUGGUUCGGAUUGGUUGGCGUUGGGCCGAGGGAGAACGACAAUCCAGAGAAGCCCGGGGAGUACGUCAAGAAACAUAAGCAGAUAUUCGGAGAACAGGGCUGUGGCAGGGCUGUCACUGCUGGCGUUGGGGGUGGAAGUGUCCAGCUUGAUAGUGUCGGUUACUGGCUGUCCUUUGACCGACAGCUUAGCUUGCAGAGGCUGAGGUCUGUGGGAUUCGUCGAAGAGAGAGAUCCGAUUGAGGGCUGGCUGGAGGCAUUUAAGAAGUUUAGAGAAGCGGGUAUCAUUUUGUAA